UAAUUUUACUACACAAACUCUCGUCUUGCUUGUAUCAAACUAAUAACCAUACUUAUUUUAAUCAUGGGUGCCUAGUUUUUACGUACUGUACCAAAGCGCUAGAAAACACUAACUGUAAUGUACAUCCAGAUGGCCCAGAAAUUAGUUCAAGGUUUAAUAUGGCAGAUGACAAUAUGAUUAACGAAACAAGACAACCGACUGAAAAUGGUCUAGAAAAUCAAAGACCUGAUGACACAGAGGAUGAUGAAGAUGUGGCUGAUGAUGAUUUUGCUUCAUUAAAUCUCCAACUGGAUGCAUUAAGUUUGGCUCUUGAUGCUUUGGAGCAGAAAAAUGACUUUAUCCAUGCCCAGCUGAUGAAGUUGAUGGAAUCAAACCGUGAAGCAAGACAACAGUUUCAAGAGAAUAUUGCGAAUGAACAAAAGUCUGAUCCACAAAUUUAGAUUUAAUAGAAAAGUAUUACAUAAGGCACACUUAGAAGUAAAUUUUGGGCUGUGGUAUUUUUAGCAAUUAGUGUAUAUUUGGGCAAAGAAUACUUCAGUUUCUUUGUAUUAUGAGUUAAAUAUUACUGUAUGUAGACAAGAAUGUUCUAAAUAGUAGUCUUUGGUGAAGCCAUGGAUAAUUCAGUUCUAACAAUUUUAUCCUUUUGUAACAGUUAAAUUUUCAACAUUUGGAAAUAACAAUGUUUUUGUUACAGAAAAACUGUUUAUUUGUUGAUGAGUUGUUAAUCAUACUGAACAAAUUAACAAUAUGAAAAUUCAUUCUAACAUUCCUUUGAGGUUCCAUUGCUUCUAACAAUGUAUUCAGAUUUAAUAUUAAAAUAUGAAAAACAACAUU